CGCCCGGUGCCGGGCGGAGCGCGGGCGGCCGGCGGGCUGCCUGAGCCGCUGGUGCCCGGCGCCCAGCGGGGACGCCAUGGGUUGGCUGCCGGCGCAGGGCCGUCUGGCGGCGGGUCUGCUGGUGAACCUGGCCGCCUCCAUCUGCAUCGUGUUCCUGAACAAGUGGCUGUACGUGCGGCUGGGCUUCCCCAACCUCAGCCUCACCCUGGUGCACUUCGCCAUCACCUGGCUCGGCCUUUACCUGUGCCAAGCGUUCGGCGCCUUCUCCCCUAAGAGCCUGCAGCCUUCGCAGGUGCUGCCUUUGGCCCUCAGCUUCUGCGGCUUCGUCGUCUUCACCAACCUCUCCCUGCAGAGCAACACUAUCGGUACCUACCAGCUGGCCAAGGCCAUGACCACGCCGGUCAUCGUGGUCAUACAGACCUUGGCUUACGGCAAGACCUUCCCUCUCCGUAUCAAGCUCACCUUGGUCCCCAUCACGCUGGGCGUCUUCCUCAACUCCUACUACGACGUGAAGUUCAAUGUCCUCGGGAUGGCGUUCGCCACCAUGGGCGUCCUGGUGACCUCCCUCUACCAAGUGUGGGUAGGAGCUAAGCAGCAUGAGUUGCAGGUAAACUCUAUGCAGUUGCUGUACUAUCAGGCACCAAUGUCCUCAGCUAUGUUGUUGUUCAUCAUACCCUUCUUUGAGCCAGUCUUCGGUGAAGGGGGAAUAUUUGGGCCCUGGACGCUUUCUGCUGUGAUAAUGGUACUGCUCUCCGGGGUAAUAGCCUUUAUGGUAAACUUGUCCAUUUACUGGAUCAUUGGAAAUACAUCACCUGUCACGUAUAACAUGUUUGGACAUUUCAAGUUCUGCAUCACCCUCCUGGGAGGGUGCCUCUUAUUUAAGGAUCCACUGUCUGUUAAUCAAGGCCUCGGGAUUCUGUGCACGUUGCUGGGCAUUUUAGCUUACACCCACUUCAAGCUCAGCGAGCAGGAAAGCAAUAAGAGUAAAUUGGCUCAGCGUCCAUAAAGCAAGGGCUUCUGGAGCUUAAUAAUGUUGUGAAGGAAGACAAGUAUUUAAAUAUGCAUUGAUUCCAGAGUGUGGAAAAGAUGCCUUGUUUGUGUGGAUCUGUGGUUUUAGUUUAACCACCAGGAUCGUUGUUCUGUAACAAACCCAAAGUGAAUUCUGUAAAACGCUGGGGUUUGCCACCUUGGUCUGUCCUGUCAUUUUCAUUCAAUUAAAAUGGUAAAAGAGAAAAAGGCACACUUCAAAUUGCUGUGGAAAUUGUACUGAGCUAAUUAUAUUUUUUGCAUACCAAAUGAGAUCAUGACGUCUACAGUUAUAAUACAGAGGGAGAAAAAAAAAGAAAAGGAAUCCUGUCUUUGUGAUCAUGCCAGUAUUGCUGUUGUGAAGAGACUUGGAGGCGCUUUUACGCAGGUGUUCUGGUACGUAGCAAUGCUUCCUCCUUUUUGUCUGGUGAGUGAUGAAGAGGAAACAGACUUUGUUCAGUAGGUCUAAAAAGGGCCGCCAAGCUCAUUCCUGUUCCUUGUAUGCUUUCUUAUCUAUGCUUGGCUUCAACACUUUGAUAGAUUUUGGCUCAGGAAAUUAGAUAAAAUUGCAGGUGGAGAGAGACCAGAAGAGACAUUGGAAAACCUGAAGCCACAGGUCAACCUACAGAAAAGUAGGAAAUUGGAUCUAAACAGUUCAUCUUAGAUUUUUUUCCUCUGGUCUGUCAGGACACUAAUGAAGCCAUUCAAGUUCUCGAUAAUUCUGUCACUGCUUUUUCAUUUUCUCUGUGCCAAACCGAGGGCUUUACACAAGCUCUUGUAAAUACUCAUGAGCUUAAUAAACUCCCUGAUUUUGUGGGAAUAAUCAAACAUUUUGCAGCUCUUGCAUGCAGACACCCAUGCUAAAUGUGUUCUUGGAGAAAUCUUCAGAAUGGUCAUGCCACCUGCAGUGGAUGUGAGGGCUGCCCAGUGCUCUCUCUUCCUUCAGCCCCAGCUCACUGCUGCACCUUCCCCAGGAGUUACUUGGGCCUGCAAGUCCAAGUUCUGCAGCUUGGCCUGUUGUCCUUGUUCCAGGGACACCAGCAGUGUGUCAGAACAAGUGAAGAGUGUGAGGUGGGACCUGCUCCUGCUCUAAUUCAGGAAUGCUUUGAAAAUUAUUUUAUGACAGUAUCAAGCACUGAUUUUGACAAGGGGGAAGGAGGAAGUUGAGUGCUGUUCUAUUUAAAAAAAGAAAAAAUAACAGCUUUCAGUAAAUCUGGUGAGAACAUACGUUCACUAGAUUUGCAGGGUUAGAAUUUAUUUUCAGCAUCUUAUAUUUUGAGGUUCAUUUUAUCUUCAUCUACCUCUAGCAGAUUUAAAGAGGGGAAUUUUGUGAACAAAAACAGGUAUUUAAGGUUUUCAACCACCAACAGAAAUGAUAUUAGGUUCCUCUAAGCUUUUUACAAUAAAGGUAACAAGUCUUUGUGUAGGAAAGAAUGCAGGUCUUCUCAAGCCUGUAAAUUAUUUAUUCUGUUACAGAGUUCUUGAUUUAAGAAAAAGUUCUUUCUCUGUGUAACCUAAGUUUAUACGGUAAUACUUUAUCAUUUCAGAGUUAGAAAUACCUGAAUAAUGUUACAUCUUUAUCAACGGUGUCUUGGACAUUGUACUGGUCCAAGGUUAAUUUUUUGUAUAUGUUUUUACAAAUCUGUAUCAUUAGUUUAAAUGGAGUACUGAAAGAUGUGUUCAUAAAGCCUAUCUUUGGAUGCAUAUCCUUCAGUACAUACACUGAAAAAGCCAUUUGCAUUAUUUUGUGCUGUGCACAAGUUCUUCUAAAAUGUAGAUAGACCACAAAGACUUACAGUUAGCAAACAACUGAAUUAGAAGCCUGUGUGACAACAGUACUUGGGAUGAGAGUGAUGUAAAUGUGUAGAAAGUGUUAGAAUGAACAAAGCAAUCAUGUCUGAAAAGAUAAAAAAUCCUUAAAGAGGGGAGCAGAGCUGCAAGAUAAAGUUAUCAGUGUCAUUAUACAUUAUAAAUGCAGUCUGUUGCUGAAGUAUGUAAGUUGUGGAGGUCACUCAAGUGACAUGAUUUCUUUUCAUACGUUUAAGGAGUCUCUUUUGAGAUUUACCUGUUGUAUCUAACAAAUAAAGUCUCUUGAACUUUGUCAUAUGGUUCCAAGUAUGAAAUCCAGGAGGCAUGUGUAAUUGUGGGAUGAAUAGAUCUUUGUGUGUAUUGUUUCUUUGGAUACCAUGUGGUGGGAAUAAAUUUUUCACUUACUUGACUGA